AUGAGCCUCCGUUGUGGCCCAGAUAAUGUAAGUAGUAAAGAAACUGAGAGAGACUUUGUGGCUCAAGAAGUAGAUAGUAAUGAUGCAACUCAAAAUACGGAUCACAAAGUCCAGGUUUGUGGUGUCAAGUGCCCGAAAGAUGUGAACUUUCUGCCCGAUAAAGAAAUGGCUCUGUUGAUGGAAGCAUUUACACAAGCUUGUGCUAGUAAACGGCCGACACCAUUGCUGAAAUACGAGUUGAGGUGUCUGAUUCAAGCUCGUCGACUGACGCAAGGCAAGGAUGAGUUAGCGGUCAAGUUCAUGAGCCCUACGGUGUUGAAGCUAAGUGCUGCUGAGCUGGAACAAGUGGCCAGGCGACGACGUCAGAACCGGCUUGCGGCUCAAAGAUGUCGCCAGAAGAGAAAGAUGUCGCAGGAGUUGAUGGUUAAGAAAAUUCAUCAGUUGCAAGAACAGAAUCAGCAAUUAGUUAUGGCUGCCGACUUGCUACGUCAGGAAAAGCAACUCUUGAUGGAAACGGUAGCUGAUCACUUGCUUCACUGCCCUUGUUUAUCGCAAAUUUCAUUGGAGACUUCGCUAGGCAACGGCGUCCCAUAG